CUGCCGAGGUUGAUACUACUCGGCCACGAGUGAACGAGCCUUUCUUCAGUCUUUCACAUCCCGAGCGACCGGUCGCACAGUCGACAAAAGACGCACGUUUCGUUCGCCGGCGCGAGUGUAGACGCGUUAUCGUGCCUUUUUCCCGUUUCGCCUCGAAGCGAGUUGACUUGGGGUACUCGCGCUUCGACGAUGCCACCGCGAUCGUAGGUUUCUCCCCGGUGCUAGCACGGAGGCGCAGGUCGUGGGUGGCGCGCUGACCCGCCGAGGAAGAGGGUAGAAGCGGACGAGCGGAGGAGAAGAGGAAUAAUAUGAGGCUCCUCUGCGUGGCGUUUGUCAUCGCGAGUGCAGCGUUUCUCUUGACAAUCGUCGGUGGUGCGCGCGGCGGCCGAGGCAGCAAGGUGUCGAAGCGGGCGAAGCCGCUCGAUCCCGACGAGGACGACUAUUACUACGAUGAUCCGGUGGACGAAAGGAACAAUCCGACGAACGAGGCACCGUCCGUGCCGCCUGGAUUCCUGAGCCCGUCUGUGCGGGAGUACCUCGAUCUCGGUAAAUCGAUACCCGGUCGGCCUGGCACGGACUAUCCGGUGCUGGGAAAGGUGCCCUACACGAACUUCUACUGCGACGAUCAGUCCUUCCCCGGCUUCUUCGCUGACGUAGAAACGAGAUGCCAGGCGUGGCAUUAUUGCGACAUAGACGGCCGGCAGGCAACGUUUCUCUGUCCGAACGGCACGCAAUUCAGUCAAGUGGUCUUCGUUUGCGACUGGUGGUUCAACGUGAGGUGCGAGCUCAGCCCGAAACUUUACGCCAUCAACAGCCGACUUUACGGUACGCCCACGGAAAGUCCGACCAGACCUCACCGACUGAUCACGAAGGAGCUUCUGGAGAAUAUCUUCGUGCGUAGGAAAUGAAGGAGAGGCGGCACGCGAUCGCAACGAAAAGGGAAAGGGAGAGAAAUUUAUCGCGUUAGAUGGAAAGUAUUUUUCUCACAAUAUAAAAAUCAUAAAAAGCGUUGCGUGACCACAAACGCUUCGAAAAAAAAAAAAUAUUGCAAAUUUUCACAUGCAGAAUAUCUUUUCUUUCUUAAGUAAAUUGUUACAAGUCAUAUUGCUUAGCGAGCCUGAAGAUUUCUCAGGUCUUUGCGCUUUUAAACGCGGAACCAAUCGCGAUCACUUAACUAUUCCAUUACCGACGAAGAAGAAGAAGCUUCGGCGCGAGACUUAUGUCCGGGCCCUAUCACGACUGCGGAAUUCACGAGGGAAACGAAGAGACGCUUCGAGGGUAUCCGACGAUAGUCGGCGCGAUUAUCUAGGACAAUCGUGGAUCUCGAUGAAUACCGGUGAAGGAUCAGCACGAGCGUCGUCGGCGCACGCGACACAACACGUCGGCGUACAAAGUCGCUCGAGAGCGCACUCGUGCCGCUAAAUCGCAGGAAGGCCGAGGGACUGCCGGAGAAUAAAUCUUUGUCCAAUGAAUAUCGAAGCGCGAUUGGGCGAAGGCUUGAGAAUCGACCGACGAAUGAGUAAGGACGCUCGUCGAAUGAGCACCGCUGCCGCAAUAAAAGAGGAGCCGAGGGUGGAGUUUCCGUCUGCGAUCGGCCUUCUCCCUUCUGGCGGCGGCCGCCCGGCGCGGAACAGCAUCCUGCACUCUCGAUGCGGUUCUUAAUCGUUGAUGAAGCUCUUUCCCGCGUCUCUUCUUUCGCCGCCGUGCCUUUAUCGCGCUUCUCAUCAGGGGAUAAGCGAGUCUCGGGAGUUGAUCGUCACGGUGGAAGUACGAGAGGUCCGGGCAAUAGGUACAUGCCGCUGACACGACAGUGCGAAAAUCAAUCGAGUGUUCCGUAAUCGAUCAUCAAACCCGAACACGACAUGUCGGACGGGGCGAUGCUCCGAUUAUAAUCACGAUCCGGCGGGUAUCGCGAUUUCCGUUAUACCUUCUGCAGCGGCUCUUUGUACGCUAAAUUAUGUUUAUCAACUAAAAAACAAAAAAAAAAGAACAAAAAAAAAGAACAAAAGCUAAUACUGGCAAAGUACUGUAAAAGGUUCCGCUGCGCUUUAAUCAAUCUUGCGGCUGUCAAUUAUAGUUCUCGUUGUAUUUCUGUUGUACUUUCAAAAGCGAGUCUUUAUAAAUUUGUAUCUAAAUUAGAUUUCAUCAAAAUAUGGUCGACGCGUUGAAAAAAUAAUACAAACAAAUUGCAAGCAGAUAAAAGACUAGCUGAUUGAAAAUAUUAUUGCUUAUUAUUAUUAUUAUAUUUGUUGGACGAAAUAAUGGUAUAAAACGCGGUUAAACGAAAACAAAGUGAUAUUUUUACAAUACUUUUCGUGCAAAGUUCUAGCGUAACGUGUUAGAGAGUUUGGUUUUUAUAGAUCCACAGAAAAAUAUGCCACAAUCUGCUUGAAUAUGUUUAUAUCGUUGUUUCUUCCAACAACUCAUACACGAAAAUUGCAAUAAAAUAUUGUUAAGACGUAUAUAUAAAUAAGACAAAAAGCUAUUUAAUCCGAGAAAUUAUUGGACGUAGGAAUUAGUGCACAUUGCUAAUCAUCAUUCUUUCGCCGAACCGAGCCGAAAGAAAGGAAGAAUCGGUGCAUUUCACGCACGGCCGGCACUGACAAACGCAAAAGUCAAUGCCUCCUGAAAUCAAUAACCGAUAAUACGAUUGUGCACGGCCGAUUGUGAUGCCGGAACGAAGUACGACAACGGCAGAGCUUGCCGGCAAUUAGUAAUGGCGUGUCGUGCGAUCGCGCGAUAUAUUGUUGCGGUCCGCGCCGCGCUGAAAAGCGAUCGUCACGCGACGAAUUCUUGCCACGCCAAUAAACGCACGACACACACCGUCGAAUCCCGAAUCAAGAUCGCGGUAUCGCGAUUUUUUAUCAGAUUGAAAAAAAAAAAGUAGAUAGCACUAAUAAUCACACUCGAGGCGUGCAGCCUCUCGAGCGCAUUUAAGUUCGUAGCGUUAAUUAGUGAGUAAUGGAAAUUGUGAAUGAGCAAACGUAUGAUCUUGUGUAAGUGUCGUCCGUAGACGUUUGCAAGCGACUUCUGCAACGGAAUGAACAUGUGCCUUUACCUAAUACUUUUUGCGCCUUGUAUAUAAUAGAGAUAAACCCCGUAGAUGUACCGAGCCAUUUCAUGCUGUUUAUCACACAGUGCUAUGAAACAUGUAGCGAUCUUAUGACAAAAAUAAAUAAACAAGUGUUCGAACAGCUCGGAAUAAUAAAUUCGGCAUCUCGCAAUCAGUGUUUGAAGAAACGCACGACGAUGA